AUGAACAAAGCUGAACUCCGGACCUGGUUUUACACCUUCUUCGACCGUUACUUGAAACAGUUUACGUUCCCCCACGAAUCAAACAUGUCGGAAUCAACUUUUAUCUGUACGCCAAAGAAUUCUAUCGCGCGCGUCAAAUUUUAUCAUACGACUCAUCUUAAUCAGCUUGAAGGCGCAAAGAGUCGACAAAAGCUUAACUUUUUUAUUGAAGAUGCUGAUCUAGUCGGGGGGAAUAAACAUCAUUGGAGAGAUAUUAGGGUAGUAGGCGAAUUCACCAAGUCUGCUGGUCUGAUAGUUGUCAAGUUUCACCAGCUCACGAGGUACAUUCGUGAAAUUUUCUACGCACAGCCAUUGCGUCGAUUUGUGCGUGGAUUUGUUGUUCACAAACUGCACGCUGAGUUCUGGGUAGUUGACCGAUCGGGUGCAUACAGCUCGGGCGAAAUCAGUCUGAUUGAAAGCGAAGAAAAACUGGUUCGAGCUAUCUCAUCAUACAUGUUCAUGAGCGAUGAAGAGCUUGGGCUUGAUACAACUAUUUUUCGUAAAGAUGGUCAAUCAUUCAUUACCAUUCGAGAAGGUGAUGAGCCGGUUGAUAAUGAGAUCGAAAUCAUGCCCGAGCUAAUCUAUAGACCAGAGACAAUUGUAUCACAGGCAAAUCUUUGCCACCGGACGAAGGAUGACAUGUUUACAGUCAAGUUUUCGUGGGGUUUGGGAGCAGAACGAUCCGAAAUUGAUUAUCUGAAACUGGCAAAACCAGUGAACGGUGUCGUGAACUUAGUGUGGGGUACGGUGCUAAAUGAAGUGGAAACUCACCGAGCUGGGCUGGAUUUCUCAAAGGCAUUUAAGGUCUCGAUUAAAAACAACAAAUGGUGCCUUUACAAAGGCCUUCAGAAUGAACCACAGACAACACCGGGCUAUUUCCGCAAACGUAAGCUUACCUUAGCAAUACUUUCGCCAAUUGGACGCCCCCUUAAAUCUAGUCGAUCGCUCCGAGAGUUUUUAAAUUGA